AUGAGAGCACCUACUCCUACUAAACGAUCCGUAAUCGCCUCCUCUGAUGCUUCAUCAACAAACAUCUCCCAUCCAGCACCAAGAUCGUCAAGUGCCAUCUCUUCCCAGCGCACUCCUUCUAGUAAUAGAAUCAUCCCUUCGUCUGCACCUGCCUCGUCUUCACCACGAAAGACUUCUGUGAACACUGGUUUGUCACUAAGAUCAACCACAACAACGUCAUCGAGUGGUGGACUAGUAGGGUCAAUAAGAGCUGGAGCAAAAGAAUAUGGAAAUGGAGGAAUGGGUAUAUUUACUCCUGUUGAGCUGACCAAAAAGCCCUCUUCUGAUUCAGACAGAACACAAGUAACUCGACCCAUAUCUGCCAACUCAUCAUCUGGAAUCUCUGGACAGAGGCCAUCAAGUGUCGCUCCACGCCGAGACCUACAUACGACAACAUCACAAUCUGGUGAUGCAAGACGGGAAGAGGACACUGCUGCAAGAAAGUUCCAGUCUGCUUGGAGAGGAUUUCUCACCAGGAAACAAGUUCUCGAGAAUUUACAAAACCAAAUUGUGCAACUCAGUGCCACAGUCGCUGCACGAGAGGCACAAUUGGCUGCUGCUCAUGUCACUCAAAUGGCUGAAAUCGACAGGGCUACCGCCACUUUACGCCAACAAGCGACGAACUCGAUAUCGAAACUAGAGACUCGCUUACAAGAGCAAGAGCUUCAAGUGGAAUUCCUCGAUACUGAGCUGAAAGCAGCCUUGAAAUCGCGCCAUUCGAACGAUAAUGGUAGUCUAGUCGCAACAGAAUUCGAUGUAGUUGUUGGUAUUGAUGGUGAAGAAGUCUUGGCUGGUGUAAUGUCUUGGGAUGACGACGAAACCAAGGGAUCGGAAAAGAGUCUUGGAUCAGCCCAUUCCUUACUUGGUGGCGGCAGUGUUGGCACAGUCAAUAGCUCAGUCACAGGAUUGGCCAAUGCAACAACAAGAAGUAUUUGGGGCCCCAUUGGCUCUGAAGUACAACCAAUCAUGCCACUUUUUGCUUCCUCCAACAACAACAACACAGUACUACUCAAGAACGGUUUACCAACACCUGUUUCUACGGGCGAUCAUAAUUCAAGUCAAAUAUCGUCAGCAUCAGACUCUUUCUACUCUUCCUCCUCAAAGUCAUCUACAUCAGUCUCGACUCCACCACUCGAUAGUGCCCCAUUACCGUCUUCCGCUUCAGUCAUAUCUUCUACUUCAAGUGCUCCGUUGGCUGCCGUAAAAUCUAUAUGGGACUCGUCAACCUUUGAACAAGACUCUGUCCGUGAUGGAUCUGUAGCUAGAUACCCAAGCCGAAGAGCCAGUUUUGGUAGUGAGCGUAGAGGAAAUAUGGAUUUUAUGGCUGCACGAGAAGAAAGACGUGCUAGCUUUGAUCCAAGUAUUAUUAUGGAUGAACGUGAAGCUGUAGCUACUGUUGUGAUUGAGCCUACUGGACCCAUCAACUAUAAUCAACUUGUGGAUAAGAUCAUAAGAAUCAAUGAUCAACCUGCCUCCCUCUUGCUACAGCAGAAACUCAAGUCCUCUGAUCCAGCUGUUCGAGACAGUAUCUUUGAAGCCAUUCUGCGAGAACCAGCCAAAUUGAUGCGAAAUCGUUUUGGCAACUUUUUGAUGCAACGAUGCUUGGAAUAUGGAACUCAACAACAAGUCCGACUGAUUGGUGAAACUAUACGCGGAAAUGUCUUGUCACUCUCAUGCGAUCGAUUUGGAUGUCAUGUAGUUCAAAAGGCUCUCGAUACCGUUCCCGAAACUCUGAAACAAGCCUUAGUCAACGAACUACUUCCACAUGCCUCAUCAACCCUACUACACAGAUUUGCCUGUCACGUAUGGCAGCGUGCCUUGGAAAUAAAAUGGACGACCUGUGAAGCUCCUUCUAUAAUGAGAGCGGCAAACUCUGCUGUAGCUGGUCGAUGGCAUAUGGUUGCAGCUGAUGAAAGUGGAUCACUUGUAGUACAAUGUAUCUUUGAACGACGUGGUGAAGAAGAAAGAGCUGCUGUGAUGGGUGAAGUUUUGACUCAUGCCGUAGAGGUGUCAAGAGGGCAAUGGGGAAAUUGGGUUAUUCAACAUGUGCUUGAACACGGUGCACCAGCAGACAGAUCGUAUUUGCUUCGUGUGGUAGCUCGCAACUUGAAAGAGAUGGCUGCCGAUCAAUAUGCCUCAAAAGUUGUCGAGAAGGCUAUGAGAGUUGCUCCACGUCGAGAGUUGUCUGAAAUGGUGGAAGCUUGUAUCUCGUGCAAUGGAGGUCGUGACGGCGGCCGCCCGCCACUAUUGGACAUGAUGAACCAUCAAUAUGCCAACUACGUGGUUCAGCAUUUACUGCAACUAGCAGACCACAAUGGAAGAGAAGCAUGUGCUCGUGUCCUCGCACCUCAUCUACAAACAUUACGUGGCUCCAAAUAUGGUCAACGUGUAGCAGCUCUAGUCGAAAAAGUCCUUCGAGGUCGAGCAACUGCGGGAACAACCGGGAGCAGUCCGUCACCACCACCAUCGAUAGUAUCACCAAGUAGCAGCAAUGUCAGUGCAGGAGGGGCCACAAAUCAACAAGCACAAAUGUCGAAUUCUACUACUUGUACAUCUACGUCGUCAUCUGUUGCAGUAGCUCAACAACAACAUCAAAUGCAUAUGAUGGCUCAAAUGCACUACCAGCAAGCCAUGGCGCCUAUGAUCAUGCCUGGAGGAAACGUGCAGCCAAUGUAUUAUCAGCAGCAGCCGCCUCUGCCGCCAUCAAUGGCCACCAGAAUCUGA